AUGGCGGUCCGAAUCGUUGAAAUGCCAUUGCUGGUCCCGACCAUGACUGUUGCUUCAUCAUCUAAUACCCAAGCAUUGGAUACUUUGUCCGAGUACGACGAUGUCAUCUCAUGGAUCAACGAUACGCUACCAACGUCCGAAGACAGAGAACAAGACACCGUCGAGCUCUCUGAACUCGACCAACACAUUACGCAGCUCCUGGCAUCUCUCGACAUUUCUUCGGAAGACACGUCAUCCCAGCUGGAGAGAACCGUUCGUGAUGUCUCUCGCGCCGUACCCAGACUCACCUACGACCUUCAUUUCAUGAAAGACGGUGCUCUCACCCUCCAAAACGGGCUCGUUCGUGUUCGCUCUCGAGCAAAGGCUGCAGUUCCUCUGUCUACUCAGGAGGCCCUCAAUAAGCUCCACUUUUUAGAUACCAUAAAAAACCACAUGGAGUUGGCGCGUGAGGUCCUGCGGGAGGCGGAGAGCUGGAGCACCCUAGAAAUCGAAGUCACAUCCCUUCUUUCAGACCACAAUUACGCCAAAGCUGCUGCUCGCCUCUCUGAGGCCAGCCGCAGCAUGGUCGUCUUUCAAAAUACUCCAGAAUAUGAUCCUCGUCGUGCUCUUAUGGUCAAUCUGCAGAACCAGCUGGAAGCGUCCCUCAGUUCUGCCUUGGUGGCCGCGAUUAACGUUCACGACCUAGCAGCGUGCAAGAGCUACUUCUCCAUCUUUUCAGAUAUUCAACGCGAACAUGAAUUUCGCAACUAUUACAAUGGUUCUUGCAGGGCAGAAGUGGUGGCGCUCUGGCAGAAUGCACAGUUGUUGGAUUGCGAUGGGGAGGGUACACUGACGUUCGUCGAAUUCCUUCCUAAAUUCUACGAACAGUUUCUCUCUCUCCUCAAUCUCGAACGCGCCUCUAUGUCAUUCAUUUUCCCUGAUCCAGCUGUUUCUCUCUCAGCACUUACCUCCUCAGUCCUGUCUGCUCUCCAGCCCACGUUUUCUCAACGGCUUACCUCAUUACUCAGCCAUUACGGCGAUUCUGUUCUCAAAACUCUCAUUUCUCUAUUCAAAAUGACGGAGGAUUUCGCUGCUGCUGCAGAGAAAGUAACGGAGAAGAUCAAGCACUCUGCAAUUUCCAUAGAAACUUCCGAGUCACCGACAUCCCCCCCUCUGGCCCACAAGCGCCGACGUUCAAUGCGGAUGUCCAUGUCUUGGCGCAACACCCCAACUCGCUCUCCUUCUACCACACAGAACAUUACCAAGCUUUGUAACCUCCUUGAGUGGGAGCAAGAGCUCUUCCAGCCUUUCCUCGAUUUUCAGGUUGAAUAUGCCUCCCUCGAGAGGCGUUUCCUCGAUGACAAUCUUCGUCACAUUACCAAGAACGACAGCGUGCGCGAUGAUGCGGAUCCGGAUGGCGCACGUCUUCUGCGAGAACGAGCCGUAGACGUGUUUGGUGCCGCUGAGGAAGGUGUCACACGCUGUGUAUCUUUCACACAUGGAUAUGGUGCAAUGGGGCUUGUCCAAGCUUUGGACGGCUUCUUCAAGUCUUUCGUUGAUAUGCAGACCAACGAUCUGCGUAAAACAUCUUCUUCCUCUUUUUCUACACCCACUUCUACCGAAGAAGGCCUAUCUGGGCUAGAUUAUACACCACAGGAUUGGGCCGAGUUCCAACACUACCUUCACCUUCUAUCUUCCGCUCGAAGCGUCUUUGAGCGACUACUGUCUUUUGAGAAUAAGCUUCGAGCCAGCCUCAUUCAGGUAUCCACUACCCUUCGCCUAUCACGCGAAGAUCCGACUAUAUCUAGCUCAAACCGGAGUCAACUAUUGUCACAGUCGACUCUUCAUUCUCCCGAUCUUCAUACCCUUCUGGAGUCUCGCCCCACUGAUCCUCUUUUGGUCGAAGCACGCGCAGCAGUGUAUCUAUUCGCCAGAACGUGUCAAGAAUGUCUUCAGCAUACUAUUCUCUCGCCGCUCAUGAAGCCUUUGUCCGGGUAUGCGUCUCUCCCUCUGUGGAGUGCGCCCGGAGACGGCAAGUCACAAAGAGUCAAUGAACUCCAAGUUCCAUCUUUCUCUUUGUCGCCCAGCGAGACAGUGCAACGUGUUGCGGACAACUUACUCAAUCUUCCCCAAUUAUUCGAGGUGUACGUUGAUGAUGAUGCUCUUUCCUUCUCUUUGCACACACUCCCGCAUAUUGACGAACCCGAGAUACCUUUGGAACCUCAGCCGGUGUACGUAGGGCAUGCACGGCGCCAGAGUAUAUCUAGGCCCUUAGCACAAGGGCCGAGUCCAGAGCUGGUGUCGUCUGCAUGGCUAUCGUCACUGAGUCGGACGCUGCUGACUCAUCUGACGAAGGAGGUUCUCCCUCGCAUUCUAACGCUCUCACAAGUGGGUUCUGCGCAACUAAGUUCCGAUUUGGGAUACCUUUCCAAUAUUGUACGAGCAAUCAACAUCGAGUUUGAUGAUCUCGAGCGGUGGCGCACAUGUAUCGACUCGGAGGAUGGUGGGGCAAUCCGGGACACAAUCUCGUCUGAUCAGCGACGAGAGAGCUACGUUGCUGUAAUGCAUCAAUCACCAUGGAAGACAGUAAUAUUCAAAGCAAAACUGAAUCUCCUUCCCGUCCUUGUCAAUGGUCACCACGGUGGAAAUCGAUAA